GUGGCAACGCCGCAAUCAUAUGUGCGCAUGUGAAAGAUUUUUAAUACUGUUUUAAACAGUAGAAUUCUAGAAAAUUCGACUUGCAAUUCGGUGCAAAUCGACGAAACCAGGACACCAGAAGACUCCUUGACAAAAACUGCCCGCCGGCACCAAUCAUUUCAUUCAAACAACCGCCAAGGAUUUAGCUGGAUUAAACGAUGGCCAAGUGGGGUGAAGGAGAUCCGCGCUGGAUUGUCGAGGAGCGUCCGGACGCCACCAACGUGAACAACUGGCACUGGACGGAAAAGAAUGCAACGACCUGGUCAAAGGAUCGGCUGCACCAGCUGUUCAAGGACUUGAAAAUAGUGCACAGCGACAUCGAGUGUGUGGUGGACACCGUGGACAAGUGCACCGGCGAGGCCACUGUCAACAAUCGCAAGGGCAAGCUCAUUUUCUUUUACGAGUGGGAAUUGGUGCUAAAGUGGUCAGGCACGCUCUUGAAGAACAGCAAGUUGAGCCACAAGGGCAAGCUCACCAUUCCCAAUCUGUCCGAAGAGAACGACCUCUCGGACGUCGAGAUCACUGUGACCAUUGAUGAGUCCAACGACGAGUCGGAGACCCUCAAGCAGUUUAUGUACAACGUUGGCCGGGAUCGCGUCCGCCAGCAGCUGGGAGCCUACAUACGGGAAUUAAAGGAGGAAUAUUCCAAAAACCUCAUUCUACCAAAGAAGGGCGACGACGCAACGGGCGUACAGGGUGUAAAUAAUGCCAACGUAACGGAAGUCAACAACGCCAGAAAUGCCGCCCAGAAGGCCUCGUCAAACACCUCGGUGGCUGCCCCAAAGGGGCAGAGCUCGGGUGUUGGCUGCAAGCUGGACGUGCGAACCCUUUCGAUGACGGAAGAGUUCCACUGCAACGCCAAUGACCUGUACAAUGCUCUGACCAAGCCGGAUAUGGUAACUGCCUUUACGAGGGCCCCCGCAAAAGUAGAUGCGGUGCGCGGUGGCGAGUUUGUGUUGUAUGGCGGAAAUGUGCUCGGCAAGUUCGAGGAGCUAGUGCCUGAAAAGAAAAUACAGCAGAGCUGGCGUCUGAAAAACUGGUCAUCUGGUCAUUAUUCGAAUGUUGUCAUUGAGCUGGAGGAAACUUCGUCCAGCACAAUGAUGACGCUUAAGCAGACCGGCAUCCCCGCCUCCGAGUACGAUGCGAUGAAAACCAACUGGUACCGGUACUACUGGCACAGCAUCAAGCAGACCUUCGGAUUCGGAACCUCGAUCUCCGACGCCUUAUAAAACGUUCGUUUUUUUGUGCAGGAAGUGGCAUCUGAUCGGAUUGGAGAUUUGGUGGCGGCGGGCGUAUCAUUAAACGAGUUCCAUUUGUAUUCUACCUAUUCAACUCCGAGAACUUCAUUUCCACCCUUAGCUAUAAUUUCUGUUACAAAUUUAAAGGCUUUCUUAAAAACUCUUGGCUAAGCAACCAUCGGCUUGCUUGCAACAGCUACAUUGGAACCACAUUAACUUAAAUACAAUUAUAAACAAGCUCACGCUUACUACAUUUAUUUCACACAUUAAAAUUAUGAGAAUAUGAAAUGUGAAAAA